AUGACAAACACAGGAAUGCCCGCGUACGGAGCCCCUGCACAAGCCGGGCAACCUGUCCCGCAGCUCCAAACUCCUCCACCUCCUGCUGUUCAGCUGCCUGGGUUUUCCCCGCCAGUGUUGAACCAACCUCAACUGCAGGCUCAAAGUUUCUCGAAUGCAGCUCAACAGCCUGGAGGCUGUGGAGCCUUGGUGCCAGGUGGUGGCUUGCCGAGCCCCGAGGUGAUUCAGAAGCAGAAAGAAGGAUACAUCAGGCUUUUGGACGAGCAGUUAAAGCAAGGGCAGAACACCCUGGAGCAGCAACGGAGGCAGCAGUCUGAAUACCUCCGCACUCAGGCACAGCAGCAAAAGCAGCAGGUUGACAUGCAGAUCAAGCAGCAGGUGCAGCAGCAGGAAAUGCAACUUCUGCAGCAGUACAACCAGUCUUUGAUGCAGGUUCAACAGGCUUCUGCGCAGCAGAAAGCAGCGCUGGAGACGCAGGCCAUGCAGCUUGUGAUGGAGUACCAACAGAAAAGGUCGCAAGAAGAAAUGCUUGCCAAGCAGCAGCAGCUACAGCGCGAGCACAUUGAGGACACCGUCGGGUUGUCAAUGCAACGUCGAGCCUGUUUGGCUUUUUGGUGCCCAACUGAGAUUGAACUGCGCUUGAACCCGGCUACAAGCCGAACUUCGCAUGCGCACCUCACAGGUAGCGGUUAG